GAUAAGAGUAGACCAGGUAGUUGAAUUAUGGAGGUUCUGGUUGUUGAACCAUUCUCGAUAAGUACGAUGAUGCCAUAAAUUUCAAAAAUCUGUUUUUCCAUUCAAAUUUUGAUAUUCAAUUUUCUUCGCCAAACCAAUCCCCACUCGCCCUCUUCAUUUAUUAUCAAUUCCCCUUCCCUUUCCUUUCAUUUCAAUUUGACAAUUCAAUCCCAAAGGAUUUCAAUGGAAACUCAAGCUUGCCCCCUCCCUCUUCUCCCUCUAUUCUUUUCCAUGUUCCUCACCGUCUACCUCGUUGCCUACUUCAUCGUUUUCCGGUACUGGAGCCCCAAGAUCCGACCUGAAGCCUCCAGCUGCUUAAUCUCCCUUGCCCACGGCACACCCGCUGUUCUCUUGGCUACCUAUUCCAUACUCGCCGACUCGUAUCCCGAUUUUGCGUCUCCGAACACCGAACGCCAGAACUUAGUCCUCGACUACAGCAUCGCGUACUUCUUAAUGGACCUUCUCCAUUUCAUCGUCUUCAACCCCAGAGACCUCAUCUUCAUAGCCCACCACUUGGCGACGCUCUUCGUCUUCCUCACGUGUCGGUACCUGGUCUCUCAUGGCGCCUACGCCAUACUCGUGCUCCUCAUCCUCGCCGAGGUCACCAGCGCGUGCCAGAACACUUGGACGCUCGCGAAUGCUCGGAAGAACGACGUCGUAUUCGCCGCGAAACUGUACGGUCUCCUGUGCCCCUUUUACACGGUGUAUUCGAUUGUCAGGGGUCUCGUGGGACCGUAUUUUGUGUACAAAAUGUUUGCUUUUUAUGCGAGUGGGGCAGCGAAGAGUGUGAUUCCAAAAUGGGUGUGGAUUUCUUGGAUUGCUGUAAUUCUUACUGCUAUUUCUGUUAGUAUAUUGUGGGUUUCGAAUCUUUGGGCCGAGUUUUACAGAGAAAGAAGGGGAAAACUGGACAAGAAAAUUAGAUAGAUAUAUGUAUAGCAGUAGGAGCAAUGCUACGUCGCCCAAGGCAGUGAAGAAGACAUACACUGUCCUUGCCUUGCUCGAUGAUUUGCAGCCAUAUUUGGGUGUUCCACGUCUGGCACAGAACACCAUUAUGGAUGGAAGGUGUCCACGCAAUUGUGGAGUAGCUGCUAGCAUGGCGACCGCAAUGGCAAACAUGGUUAUUUUUGCUCAAACUAGUAAAAGUUUGAAAUGUAUUUAGCCUGUGCCUGUGGAACUUAUUUGGCUAUAUAUGAAGUUAUGUUUCUUUAGUUCAAUAAAAUUCUCUUUACAUUUCUUUGA